AUUACAUACACUUACCUAGUGAAGCAUAAAUUUUUAAAAUAUAUUUAUCUUCGCUAAUUUUCGUAGCGCUUUGUGAUCUGUAUUAGUGUUUGUUGUAUGUCUGCUGAAAACCACGGAGACUGAAAGUACUCUUCCAAAAUGGGUAAUCCUGAACUAGAAACUAAUGAUUGUGGAAAAUUGUUGUUUGCUAGACAAUUAACCCGCCGUGUAUCGUUCAAAGGUCCUGAUUGGGGUAAAAUUAUCGGCUUUUUUGAUAAGCAGGCCCAGGGAUUAGGUUUUCUCGAGGUGUUGGCAAAAAGGCUAAAUAUGUCACCUGGAGCCGUUCUUUUAGUCAUAUUUUUUCUUGUUCUGGUCCUUUUUAUCACCAGAGCUGGUGGUUCCAUAAUUUGUGAUACUGUAGGCUUUUUGUACCCAGCGUACAAAUCUUACAAAGCACUAAAACUCAUCGAACGUCUAAAAACUAACCCAGAGGAUCACUCUUUUGCUGAAGGUUCUGGUUUAAGUGGGCAAGAAUAUGUUAAUGCUCAGCUAACUUACUGGACAAAAUAUUGGAUCGUAUUUUCACUUGGCUUUAUAUUUAAUUAUCUCGCUGGAAUAUUUCUAUCAUGGCUUCCAUUUUACUACAUUCUAAAACUGCUAUUCAUUGUCACGUUAUUACAUCAUAAAUUUCAGGGAGCGGAAGCCAUAUACAGAUAUGUGAUAUCGCCAAUACUACAACAAUAUGAAGAUAAGAUCGAUGCUGCUGUUGAACUUAUAGAAUCUGCGGCUAACAACGUACUAUCAAGAUACUCAAUUGAUGCCCUCUCAGAAAGGAUUAAAGAUUUUUCAAAAAGAGAGUGA